AUGGCCGUAGCUCGGUUUGGCCGCCAAGUAAAACGCCCAGGUGGGUUCUGUAUAAAAAUGACUGCGGUGGCCAUCUUAGGCCUCUGCUUUAUAUUCGUCUGGUCUAUGUUUUCUUCUUCUUCCUCCUCUGUGACUACUCGAAUAGAAAGCUUUGACAACAUAGGCGCGCCUCCUGGAUCAAGGAACACAAGGGUAAACAUUCCUGCUGCACAAUCUUCUAUUAAGCGUGAGGAUGAGAAAAAGUUCAAUGGGUCUGUGACUUUGUCUGCCCAUGAGCAUAAAUCUGAGAAGAAGGACCAGAAAGAAGUAGCAAAUGUGAAAAAAGAGAAAGGUAAGAAAAAGUUACCAGAGAAGGUGUCGAAGGAAAAACAUGGUUCUGAGGAAUCUGAGAGUGAGGAUUCAGAGAAGGAAAAAGAAGAUGAAGAUGAAGAACGAGAAGUAGUGGAUGGAAAGGAAGAAGCUUUGAAUGAUGAAGGUGAAGUAAAUGGGGAGGAAACAGGAGGGGAAGGUGCUUUGAUUGUGUCACUGGAUCAGGAAUCUGAGGAGAAGCUGGAAGAUGAUGGUGGUGAAUCGGAAGAAAGGGGGAAGAAGAGAUAUAAGAUUAAGGGUCCGUUGUUUGAUCCCAAAGCACAUUAUCAUUGGAAGUUAUGUAGCACAAGGAGCAAGCAUAAUUACAUUCCUUGUAUUGACAUGGAAAUUACCACUGGAAGGCUGCAAUAUAGGCAUACAGAGAGGAGUUGCCCGAGAACAGAACCAAUGUGUCUUGUACCUCUUCCUCGUGAUGGUUAUGGUCGCCCAGUCCCCUGGCCUGAUAGCAAAGUAAAGAUAUUGUAUAAGAACGUGCAACAUCCAAAACUUGCUGCAUUCAUCAAGGAGCAUAGUUGGGUGAUGGAGUCUGGAGAAUAUCUUACUUUUCCUCAAAACCAGUCUGAAUUAAGGGGUGGAAUUCUUCACUAUCUUGAGUCCAUUGAAGAGAUGGUACCAGACAUCGAAUGGGGAAAGAAUAUCCGAGUAGUGCUGGAUAUUGGUUGUACAGAUUCUGCCUUUGGGGCUUCUCUCCUUGAUAAGGAUGUCUUAGCAUUGGCAUUGGGCUUGAAAGAUGACCUAGUUGACCUAGCUCAAGUUGCCAUUGAGCGUGGUUUUCCUGCUUUAGUUAGCCCCUUUGGAAAUAGAAGGCUACCUUUUCCUAGUGGUGUUUUUGAUGCUAUUCACUGUGGAGGGUGCACCAUACCUUGGCAUUCAAAUGGGGGUAAGCAUCUUCUAGAAAUGAAUAGGAUUUUAAGGCCUGGUGGAUACUUUGUCUUGUCAACUAAACAUGACAGCUUUGAGGAUGAAGAAGUCAUGAGUAAAUUGGCAGCAUCUAUCUGUUGGAAUAUUUUGGCACAUAAAACUGACGAAGUCAGUGAUGUGGGUGUCAAAAUAUACCAGAAACCGGACUCAAAUGAUAUAUAUAAGUUGAGGAGGAAGAAAUAUCCACCUUUAUGCAAGGAAAAUGACAACCCAGAUGCAGCGUGGUAUGUUCCUGUGAGGACUUGCUUGCAUGCCAUUCCAUCUGCUAUUGAACAGCACGGGACAGAGUGGCCAGAGGAAUGGCCCAAGAGGCUCGAAAGGUAUCCCGACUGGUUGAGUGAUAAAGAUAAGUUGGUUGCAGACACCAAGCACUGGAAAGCCAUUGUUGAAAAAUCCUAUCUCAUUGGACUGGGUAUUGACUGGUCAAAUAUUCGAAAUGUGAUGGACAUGAAAGCCAUCUAUGGAGGAUUUGCUGCAGCCCUCUCGCAACAAAAGGUGUGGGUGAUGAAUGUGGUCCCUGUCCAUACACCUGAUACACUUCCUUUCAUAUUUGAACGCGGGCUUGUUGGCACAUACCAUGACUGGUGUGAGUCUUUUGGUACUUAUCCCCGAUCAUAUGACCUUUUGCAUGUCGAUCAUCUGUUUUCACGGCUUAAGAACCGGUGUAAGCAGCCGGUAUCGAUUGUUGUUGAGAUGGAUCGCUUGUUACGGCCUGGAGGCUGGACAAUUAUACGUGAGAAAGUUGAGAUACUGGAACCCUUGGAGGGCAUAUUGAAGAGUUUGCAUUGGGAGAUCCGGAUGACUUAUGCCCAGGGAAAGGAGGGCAUAUUAUGCGCACAGAAAACCAUGUGGCGGCCUUAA